UCUGCAAUUACACCAAAUUAAUAACAAUUGUACUAAAUGUCCAAGGCUCUAAAACAGCCUCGUUGUAUGGAAGUUAAGAGUACGAAUAAAAAAAGUCUGCCAUCCUGCAUCUAGUACAUUGACAUCAAAGCAACUUGUAUCCAACAAGCAGCGCGCAUUUUUCACCACGUCCGGUACAUUCUCUCAUUAUCGCCAUGAAGGAGAUUUUCUUGCACAACGGAUACUCACCAUCGCUGUCCCUCUGAUGAAGUGUUGAUCCUGCACCCAUACAAAUUACAGGACUGAAACUUGCCUCUCGCAUCCAUUACAUAGGUCAAGCGCUCUCAUUUACUGAAUUUUAUUGUUCAAUCAACACGCAAUUCGAGACAACCUCUCGCUGAUCAUAUGGUUUGACGGGUCGGGAUAUCGCCAUAGUGAUCCUAUAAGUGACCACGCGUGCGAAUCAAGCGACUGAAAAGUAAGCUUCUGAUCCUCGUUGUAUAUGUACGCAUGCUUAAUUAGUUCAAGCCAAAGAAGCUGCGGCAACAUUAUCAUGGCCAAGUUAUCAUGAGUGCAUUAAGAACGCACGGGUACUGACUUUGCACGUUUUGCAACAAAAAAAUUGAUCAAUGCAGGAUCUCCACGCAGAAUCAUUAUAUUCGCUCUUUGCUCCUCUUUGUUUUCGACUAGCUACGUUCCACCGGCCUUGCGGACGAUCGGUAUGUGGUUGGGCCCAGUCCGUUUUACUCGCUGUUCCGGCUUGCAUGUUAUCUUUCACGAUUGAUCGUUUUCUGAAGAAUGACAUAGCCAUGGAACGCGGUGUGACUGAUAACGUCUACUGCAUAGCGUUCAAAGUCCUUGUUAUCAUCAAGCUUUCCCAACUUGGAGUAUCCAUGUACUUGCAAGAUAGUAGGCUUUUUCUGUGGAAUCGCGGUAACGUGGUUGCAUCAAAAAGCAGAUAUUUCUGUACUUGGCCACAUCGAAUCUAUGACUGCAUUUGCACUGUCACCAUGUAUCCUACUCUCUUCGUCAAUGCGACGUGACGCACACUCGAGAGCUUCCACCAUCGCAGCGAUAGUACAACAACUUUAAGCAGGUAUCGUCAAGAAUACUUUAAUAGAACGCUGAUACAGGAUGUGGGGAAUCUCCUAUCGCAACGCUGAAGCCUAUCCAAAAUCAGCCUUAAUUUAAAAAUAGAAAUUGCAAAUAAUACAUUACAUAAAAAGACGUUAUGAAUGACUACUCGC